CAACCCUUUAUACCUAUUCUAUUAAUUAAUCAGUUAAUGAGAAGCUGGCAUGCUUUGUGAGGCCAGGCGCCUCGUCAGCUAGUUGCUCAUCUUCUUGGAUCUUUCCAUCUAUUGUUUAUUUCCGGGGCAUCAUCCCUCUCAGACAUGACAUAACGACACCUAUCUGUACAGUUGCUCGACAGUGUUGCAUCCAAGUCUAUAAGUUAUCGCCAGCAUCCGUGAAGCUAUGGUGGCCCCACGGAAUACCGCUUUUGCGGAGGAGAGCGCAGAGGUGGAGGUGUUGUACGCUAACCUCCAGAAGCUCAACCUCCUCACCAAAAAGAUCCAAGGUUCUCUCGUCCGCCUCGAAACCGGAGGAAAUGUCGUGAAGCACGCGAUCGGCCCUAUCUAUAGCAAUACACAAUCUCUCCAAACUACAAACAGCAACAUCGAUAAGAUCAAUGAAGCCAUCGAUCGUCUUCGCCAACCUCUCGAUGCAAAGAACCGGGAGGAAGGGAUCAUUCGCGCCGGACCCCAGGGCGAUGAUUUAUCGCAAUACCUCGCAGCUAUGAAACGUGUGGACAUUGCAUUGGUGGAUCUUACCUCCACGAAUCUCAAGUCGAAUCAGAAGGCAAUAUCGAACUUCACCACUUUAUUGGGAAUCGGGAACACAAAGCUCCAGGAUUUAUUGCGAAUCAAGCUCGGGCAACAUGUCAGCCCGAUCGAACCAUUACACUACUUGACAAAAGACCUUCAAUUUCCAUCCAUUCCCAACGAUAAUAUUGCAGAGCUGGGACCUAUCUGUGCUGCUAUCAGCUCCGCUGCAGUACACGCCCCAUAUCGUGGAGAAGGCGGCAGUCCCGCGCUUAAGAUAUACGCAGAUAUCCGCGGACCGUACAUUACAACAAGCUUGCAAAACCUUGCCAUUGCGUCUCUUAACACUGUCAAACGAAAAGCCACCGAUGGACCAUAUAAACAGGGUACCAAUGGUAUAGGGGUUUACUCGACUGCCUUGGAGAAUUUCGUCUACGCCGAACAUCAAAUCAUAUCCCAACUAUUUACUGGAGACCAGCAGGGACUGGCUUUGCAGAUGACCUGCCGUUCUGCGAUGGUGGAAUACUCUAAAACCCUUCGUGAGCUUAAUCAGUACAUUCGCUCGAACCUGAUGACAGAUUGCUUCUUAGCCUUCGAGAUUAUCGAGAUUGUCACAGCCAUGUCUUACCGAGUAGAUGCCAAGACAGGCGAGCUUAAGAGCUUAUUCAUAGAAGCUCUCAGGCCGGUUCGCGAAACUGCCAAGUCUUCUCUCGCGGAGCUUCUGGAAGAAACCAAGCGCAAAGCCGCGGGUAUUCCUAUGCUUCCCCCAGAUGGCGGGUCUGUACCACUAGUUAGCGAGGUUAUGAGCUCCCUUACAACGUUGACCGGCUAUUCUGGACCGCUAGCUUCCAUCUUAACGUCUUUAGGCGAUGGAAAUUGGCGUUCAACUUCCAAUACAUCAAAUACUACUCCGCUGGACGUUGGACCUGACAGUUCAACGCUCCUAUCACACUUUAUUCUCGACAUGAUCGAGGCGCUUAUGAUUUCAUUGGAGGCUCGGAGCCGAGGAUUGCACCGCUCAAAGGCCGUGCAAGGUGUUUUCCUAUCCAACGUCUUUUGCAUAGUGGACCGUUCCAUUCGAUCAAGCUCAGAGCUAGCAAAGUACCUUGGCUCUGCUGAUUCUAUUACGAGAAUUGAUACCUUUCGUAAACGUGCAACGUCCACUUAUUUGGACGCGUGGAAAGAAACCUCUCAAUAUCUACUUGAUGUUCAGUAUACAUCUCGAACUGGAGGCGGAAAUCGCACGUCCGGUACUGUCGAUUCGGGUGCUAUCGUCAAGUCUCUUUCAUCCAAAGACAAGGACGCUAUCAAAGACAAGUGGAAGUCUUUUAACGCCAGUUUCGAUGAGUUGGUAGCACGCCACAAGGCUCUCUACAUGGAGAGAGAAGUCCGCACGGUGCUUGCUCGUGAGGUACAAGCUGUGCUUGAACCGCUGUAUGCACGAUUCUGGGAUCGCUACCAUGAGAUUGACAAAGGCCGAGGCAAGUAUGUCAAAUAUGAUAAAGGCAGUCUCUCUGCACAUCUUGCGGCGUUGGCAUAAGUAGCCGCUUAAGAGGAUCGUUUGUCGCACCGUUAGUUGGGAAGCGCUGUCUUUUGGGGCCGAUCCCAUUUUCUUAUAUAUAUAAUAAUUCGUCUGCUUGCAUUCCACUUGGCGAUUUUUCAUUUUAACAUUCUAUUAAUUCUUCUCUCUAACAGUGGGAGAUUUUUUCCAUACUUCUGACCUUUUGACUGUUAAGAGCUCCUUAAGAGUUUACAAGACCCCUACACAUACGUCUAGUUCGCUACCAGUUGGUAUAUCUUCGAAAAGCUUAGCCGGAAGAAUAUCUAAGCUUAGCC